CAGUUCCACGCUUGCCACAGCGCAGAGAGCACUAUGAGUGGCUCCUUCUGUGGCUGGGUCCCUCUGUGAGCUUCCGCGGGAGUGUUACUUUAGUGCCAGGAUGGAGAAGGCCUUGCUGAAAUUUCUCCUGACGGUGGGGUUCACGGCGGGGCUGAGCUACUCUACCGUGCCUCAGGAGAACAGAUCUACUGGAGGUGGAGUUGGCGGGUCUUGGGUUCGUUCUGCGGCAGGAGUGCGCAGGAAUACAGAUGCGGACCUGGCAACCCUGACCACGGUGCAGUGCUCGGAGCGGGAGUUCAGGUGUCGUGAUGGCCUCAAGUGCAUCCCCAUGUCCCACAAAUGCGACUACUCCCCCGACUGCCGCGACGCCUCGGACGAACCCCCGGACUGUCCGCCGCGACAUUGUGGGACUUUUACUUGUAACAUAACGAAGAAGUGCCUGCCGAUGGGGUGGGUGUGUGACGGCGAAUCAGACUGUGGGCCCGACGACUUCUCGGACGAGCACAACCCUCUGUGUAAGGGCAACACCUGUCCGCCCAACUACUUCAGGUGUAACGACUCCAUCACCUGUGUCCUGCUGAGUAAGCUUUGUGACCUCAACCACGACUGUCCCGACCAGAGCGACGAGGGAGAUUUCUGUCAUAACAGCCAGCAGUGCCAGGCCCUUCGCUGUGCCCACGGCUGCCAUCCCACCGUGGACGGCCCGCGCUGCUACUGUCCGGAGUGGCAGCAGCCCAACGGGACGGAGUGUGUGGACACCAACAAGUGUGCGGUGGAGGGUUCGUGUGACCAGGUGUGCACCAACCAAAAGAACGGCUUCACCUGCAGCUGCACCCUCGGUUACGACUUUGUUGGGACCUCCACCUGCAAGGCCAGGAAUGACCCACUAGACGAACCGGCGACGCUCCUCUAUGCCAGUAACUCAGGGUUGGCGCGGCUGUACCUCAACGGGUCGGUCGUGCCGGGUGAUACGGGUCUGAAUCUAAAGUAUGCCGUCAACAUGGACUACAACCACCGCAAUAGAUCAGUAUGCUGGGUCGUCUCCAACACCACCUGGUCGGCCUUCCAGUGUGCCUUGGCUGAUAACCUGAGUGACACUUGGCUCAUCCCACAGCCCUCCCAGCACGACCUCAACUAUGUCAAUGAUAUCGCGCAGGACUGGGUCACCGGCAACUGGUACAUCCUGGACCAGCGGGAGAUGAUCUUCAUGUGUAACGCCACAAUGCGGGUCUGCCUCACGCUGCUGGACGGCAUGAUGAAUGAGCCCCGCGGCAUCGCACUGGACCCCAUGACUGGGUACAUGUUCCUCACAAACUGGGGGACGAGUCAGCCGAAACUUGAGCGUGCCCGGAUGGACGGCUCGCAGCAGAUCACGCUCGCCAGCACCAAGAUCGUGUACCCGUUUGGCGUGACGGUGGACUUCCCCAACCAACAUGUGUACUGGGUGGACGGCUACCUGAGCCACGUGGAGAGGGUGGACUAUGAUGGCGGGAACAGGCGCAUCAUUGCCAAGCUCAAAUCGGAUGAGCGUCCGUACGGCAUCUCCGUGUUUGAGAAUUUCCUGUACGUCACGAGCUGGAAGGACAACAGCAUCAAGCGCAUCAACAGGUUCCAGGGCCACAACAUCACCACCUUCCACACCAGCAUCACUGAGCCCAUGCACAUCCACGUCUACCACCGCCAGAGACAGCCAGAAGUGGUUCACCCGUGUGGCCAGAGGAACGGGGGCUGCCACCACAUCUGUAUCCCCAUGUGGAAUGGGACACGACCAUAUGCUUCCUGCCGCUGCCAGCCCGGACACAUCCAUGAGCCUAGAGAUUCUGGAAUAUGUGUAGCCCACCAGCCUGAAGCCUUCCUCAUAUAUGCCAAAACCCACCCGGGGAUGAUCAAAGGCUUGAACCUGGACCGGCAAGCCAUCUCGGAGGUCAUGAUUCCCAUCACGUCCCUCAAGCGGCCCACCACCCUCGACUAUGACGUGCGGUCACAGUUCAUUUACUACGCUGACACGGAAAGAUUUGUCAUUGAGCGCAGCAGUCUGAACGGCACGAUCAAAGAACUCGUCGUCACCGCCGCCAUCUUCAACGUGAAGGGCUUGGCUGUGGACUGGAUGGGCAGGAACAUCUACUGGACUGAAGAGGCCAUUUCCGCCGUCUAUGUCUGCUCAAUGGACAACCGAGCCAAGCGGUUGCUGCACACGAACGUGACCAACGCCGGGGCCAUCGCGCUUAACCCUCGGGAUGGCUUUAUGUAUUUCACCACCAUAAACCGACAGUUACAACCCCUUAACAUCCAGAGCCUCAUCGAGCGCUCCUGGAUGGACGGCUCGCACAGGGAAUCCUUCAUCUCCAAGGAAUUUCAGUGGCUCAACAGCUUGUCGAUUGACUUCAAGGAGGAUUACUUGUACUGGUGUGACGGCUACCAUAGUGUGAUCGGCAGAGUGAAGCUUGAUGGCAGCGGUUAUGAGGUGGUGUUGGGUGAAGGGGUCUUGAGCCACCCAUACGGCAUCGCCUACCACGAGGGGUUCUUGUACUGGUCAGAGUUUGAGAGCGGCAUCAUCAAACGCACCAAGCUGGCAGGCAACAGCACCAAGUCUCCAGAGGUACUCAAAAAGGAGGGCCGAUUCAUACUUGACCUCAAAGUCUUCACCAACACCAGUCAGCAAGACGUCAACGCCUGCACCACCGGGGAGUUGAAGUGCUCGGAGCUGUGUCUGGCCACGCCGGAAGGCCCUAUCUGUGUCUGUGGCACGGGACGACAACCCGACCCCAUCCACUCCAAUCGGUGCAUCAAGAUCGAUAACUUCUCCGAGCCAAGUUUGUGCAGUGCAGGAGAGUUCCAGUGCAAGACGAGUCUGCACUGCAUUGACAAUCGCUACACCUGUGAUGGAGAUAACGACUGCGGCGACGGCAGCGACGAAGACACGUCCCCUGGCAGCAUCUGUGAGUUUGCCAGGUGCAACGAUGACUUGUUUCACUGCGGCAACAACCAGUGCAUCAACCACCACUGGGUGUGUGACGGCAUGGCCGACUGUGCCAACGGCUCAGAUGAGAGUGAGGAUGAGUGCCCAAACUGCCCCGCUGACAAGUUCAAGUGCAAGGUGUCCGGGCACUGCAUCCCCCACUCCUGGGUGUGCGACAUAGACCGUGACUGUGGGCCCUUUGACAACUCCGAUGAACACUCGACGUGUGACUACCCACAGUGUGGAGUAAUGGAUUUCAAGUGCAAAAAUAAACAAUGCAUUCCAUCGCUGUACGUGUGUGAUGGCGACGACGACUGCCGAGACAAAAGUGAUGAGAAGUUUUGUGACCAGAUCUGUACCAACACCUCGUCUGGCUCCCCCAUCUCCCCGCUCUGCGUCAACAACUGCCUCAACAUCACAAACACGACCGAGUGUGCUGAGACUGAGGGCUGCGUCCCCUGCAAGGACAACACCUGCCUGGCUGUGCACCAGAUGUGUGACAGUGUGUUUGACUGUCCUGACGGCAGCGAUGAGGCGGGCUGUGAGGAGAAGGUGUGUCUGCCCGACCAGUUCAUGUGCCACAGGACCCGAGAGUGCAUCCCCCACGCCCUCAUGUGUGACGGCAAUGCUGACUGCUGGGACAGGACUGAUGAGGUGGACUGUGAAAAUAUUACCUGUUCACACAGCGAAUGGAAAUGUGCUACGAAGAAGCAGUGCAUCCCUGACACGUGGAAGUGUGAUGGUGAGCCGGACUGUCAAGACGGCACUGACGAAGAGAACUGCCAAAACUCUACCAUCAAGUGCCCACUGCCCGGCCUUAUCUGUGACAAUUUCACUCGCUGCGUCCAACCCGACACCUUCUGUGACAACUACAACCACUGCAAGGACGGCAGUGACGAGGGUGGCCGCUGUGGAUCGUUUGACUGUGAGGUGAUGGAGUGUGAGAAGAACUGUACGCAGGGCCCCGGCGGCCCCGUGUGUACCUGUCCCAAGGGCCAGACGCUGCUGCCUGAUGGACGCAUGUGCACCCACCUGCACCCCUGUGACCAGUGGGGCACCUGCUCCCAGCUGUGUGUGCCCACCAGACACACCCACAAGUGUACCUGUGUUGAUGGCUACCAGAUAGAGCCAGACCACUUCACCUGCAAGAGUACAGAGUCCGCCAUCCCAUCCAUCAUCUUCAGCAACCGACACGAGCUGCUCAGCAUCAGCCUCAACAGCAACCAGGGCAUGGGGGUGAAGGCGCUCAUCUCCUCCCUCAACAACACCAUUGCCCUGGACUUCUUCCACUCUAAGGAGGGUGAUGCUAUCUUCUGGACGGACGUGGUGGAUGACAAGAUCUACAAGGGAACUCUCUUGUCUGGAGUGCUGACCAACAUUGAGGUGGUGGUCCAGACUGGCCUAGGGACGGCCGAGGGUCUAGCGGUGGACUGGAUGGGUGAGAACCUUUACUGGGUGGAGAGCAACCUGGACCAAAUCGAGGUGGCCAAGCUGAACGGCUCCUACCGGCGGAUCCUUGUUACCUCCCACAUGGAGAACCCCAGAGCCAUCUCCCUUGACCCCAGAGUUGGCAUGAUCUUCUGGACGGACUGGGAGAAAGGGAACGCACGCAUCGAGUCCUGCAGCAUGUCGGGUGAGGGCCGACGCGUGGUGUUCAGGGUGAGCGAGGUGGAGGGUGGCGGCUGGCCCAAUGGACUGACGCUGGACUAUGCUCUGCGGAGGAUCUACUGGAUUGAUGCCAAGUCGCACUCUGUCCACACGGCUCUCUAUGACGGCUCAGACCACAGACAGAUCGUUGCCAAGCACCAGCUGCUGUCCCAUCCGUUCGCCAUAUCACUGUUUGGCAACUAUGUCUACUGGACGGACUGGAAGACCAACUCUGUCAUAAAAGCCAACAAAUUCCACGGGACGGAGGUGGAGGACAUCCAGCGCACCAUCACACAGCCGUUUGACAUCCAGAUCCUGCACCCAAGCCGGCAGCCCAGAGAUGGUCCCAAUCCCUGCAAGGAGAACAAUGGCGGCUGCUCCCACUUGUGUCUGCUGAGCUUCAAUGGGACGCGGCAGUGCAAUUGUCCUCAUAUUAUGGGGCUCGGGCCAGACGACAAGACAUGCAUCCGUAAUGAGAAGAUUCUGCUUUUCUCUCGUGAGUCUGAGAUUCGAGGCGUUGACCUGAACAAGCCCAUGCAAGACAUCAUCCCCCGCAUCCCGUCCCCCCGUGUGAAACAUGCUUCAGCGAUUGACUUUGACGCCAAGACCAAGAGGAUCUACUGGGUGGACUCCAAGCUGAACAAGGUUAUGAGGGUGAGCCUGACUGGUGCCCCGAUCGAGACUGUGGUGGACGGGGUACUCAGCUCUCCCUCUGGGUUUGGCAUUGAUUAUGUGUCGGGAAACUUUUUUGUCACCUCCCUCGGCAGCCCCAAGCAGAUCAGCGUGGCAACAUUAGAUGGGGAGUUUUUGAUACCUUUCAUAACACAAAAUCUCUCCCAGCCCUUGUCUCUCGCUGUUGAUACUUACCAUACGAGAAUCUUCUGGUCAGAUAUCGGGGAGCAAGAUGGUGUGUUUAUGGCCAACAUGGUGGGCGGCGACCUUCUUAAUAGGACGAAGCUGUCGUCCCCGAAGAUGAACCCUUUCCAUGCUCACCCCACCAGUCUUUCCUAUGACCCUAAAGACAGACUCCUCUACUGGAUUAACUCAGGGAAUCACAGCAUUCAGUACAUAGAUGUGACUUCAUUUUCAAGUCAGAGACCUGAGGCCAUUCUCCUCCUUAAACCUGAUAAUGCCUCUGUUGGAGACAAGCCAGAAGCAUUAGUUGUGUAUCAAGACUCUGUUUACGUUGCCGAUGGGUCUGGCAUCAUUUACAAGAUGGACAAGACCACAGGGAGUAAGGUGGAGGUCCUUAGGUCUGGAAUGGGGAAGAUUCUGUCCCUCAAGAUUUAUGACAGCGCGAUCCAGACCGGCCACAACGACUGCUCUCAAGGCACCCUGCACUGUGCCCACUUGUGUCUACCCAUGAGAAAAUCUCCAAAGAGUUGCCGCUGUGCCGUGGGCUACAAGGUGGACAAGAGAGUCUCAACAAGGUGUGUGGGGGAAGAUGGCAUCCUUGUGUACUCCAGUGACUCAGGCCUCAAUGGAGUGAGUGUUGAGACUCCCUUGACCAGUGAAGGGAUGGCAAGGGAAGCUUUGACCCACAUAUCGGAAGUGGGCUCAGCAACAAGCCUCGAUUUCCACUCAGAUAGCGACCUAAUUGUGUGGGCAGACAACAAGCGAGGAACUAUCACCACCAUCGGGAGGGAUGGCACCAACCGCCGAGUGAUUGCCACGGACGUCAAGGGCAUUCAGGGCAUUGCCGUGGACUGGGUGGCCAACAACCUGUACUGGACAAACUCUCAGGAGAAAGUCAUCGAGCUGUGUCGCCUCAAUGGCUCUGAGCAUUUUGUGAUCCUUGCGGAUGGCGUGGAGGAGCCGGGAGCCAUUGCCGUGAAUCCCAGCGCCGGCCGCAUAUACUGGGUGGACACGGGCAGCAGCGGGAAGAGGAUUGAACAGGCCACUCUUGAUGGGGGCAACCGCUCGAUUCUGGUCAAUGAGUCGCUUCAGUAUCCGGUUGACUUGGUGGUGGAUAUUGAAGGUGACUACUUGUACUGGGUGGACCGCGCUGCCAAGACUCUGGAGAGGGUGGAUCUGUCUGGGGCAAGGUGGAAGGUGUUGCUGGAUAGUUCCACCCUGCAGGACCCUGUGUCUGUGUUUGUCUACAAAAAACACCUCUACUGGGCUGACAGUGGUUAUGCAGGUGGUUCUGUGAGGUCAGCCCCAGAGGACAAUCUCACUCGACAGUCAACGCUGGCAACCAGUGUGGGAGACUCUAUAAAGGAUAUUAUUAUCGUGAAUUCCGACACCCAGAUUGGCAUUAACCAGUGUAGCGUGAAAAAUGGCGGAUGUGACGAGCUCUGUCUGUACAAUGGCACGCAUGCCAACUGCAAGUGUUACCACGCACAGAUUGACACUGAUGGCAAGUCCUGCAAAGGCUACAACGCGUUCCUGAUGUUCUCGAGCACCUCAGCCAUCGACAGCAUCCACAUGUUUGACGAGAAGGAGCCCAACACGCCCCUGAAGAAGAUCACGUCCCCCCUCAUGAAGAACGCCAUCAGUCUCACCUUCGAGUACGCCAGCAGCCGCAUCUUCUACUCGGACAUCCAGAAGGGCAGCAUCAACACCGUCUACUUCAACGGCUCCGGCCACUCCAUCCUUGUUGAGAAGCAGGGGUCCGUGGAGGGGCUGGCCUUUGACGAGAAGCUGCGAGACCUCUACUGGACCUGUCAGAGUGACCCGGCCAUCAACCGCAUGAGUGUGGACCCUACCAAGCGGGACCGGCGGGUGGAGAGAAUAGUCUACAUGCACCCCGGGGACAAGCCCAGAGGCAUUGCGGUGGACAGCUGUGACAAGAAGAUCUACUGGACCAACUGGAAUUCCGAAGCUCCGUCCAUCCAGCGUUCACUCAUGAAUGGCAUCAACAUGGAAUCCAUCGUGACCACCCUCAUCCACAUGCCCAACGGUCUCGCCAUCGACCACAAGGCACAGAAGCUCUACUGGGGGGACGCUCGUCUGGACAAGAUUGAACGAUGCAACCUGGAUGGCUCAGACAGAGUGACCCUGAUGAAGAUCACUCCGAGCCACCCCUUUGACCUGGCAGUGUAUGGGGAUUACAUCUUCUGGACGGACUGGGUGCUGCAGGCGGUUGUCCGAGCUAACAAAUUCACUGGCGAGGAUGUCGUGAAGCUGCGCGAGGGCAUGGAGCAGCUCAUGGGCAUCGUGGCUGUGGCCAACGACACUAAUUCAUGCGAUGCAAGCCCCUGCCGCAUCUACAACGGAGGGUGCGAGGACGUCUGUCAGCAGGACGAGCGGGCACAGGUGCAGUGCUUGUGUAACCCGGGGCGCACCUUGCUGCCCGACGGCCGAAGGUGCGCCGUGCGUGUGGCGAACUGUACCGAGGACCAGUUUGAGUGCAGCUUCGGGUACUGCAUUCCCUACAUCUACUCCUGCGACGGCAUACCAGAGUGUCCCGACGGCUCUGAUGAGGAUGUGAUGUAUUGCAUGAGUCGCACGUGCCGGGAAAACUACUUCUCAUGUGGCAACGGCCCGUGUGUGCCCAAGGCGGCCGUGUGUGACCGCCGCGCCAACUGCCCAAACUUCAAGGACGAAAGUGACUGUGAGUGCCACGAGGACGAAUUCCAGUGCCACUCGUCCGGCCUCUGCCUCAACGCUCGACUGAGGUGUGACUUUGAUCCAGACUGUCCCGACGCCAGCGACGAGAUGGGCUGCGAGAAGUCCGACUGCAGUGUCUUCUCGGUGGUUGGCUACGACAGCUCUGAACUGAUCAACUGCCCCAACACGACACAUUGCAUUCACCCGAAAUGGAAGUGUGAUGGUACCAAUGACUGCUGGGACAACUCAGAUGAGGAGAACUGUACCACAACCACUGAGCCCGUGGACAAAGCCGCCUGCCCCAAUGGGACGCAUCAGUGUCGUAACGGCUAUUGUGUCGCCGUUGUGUUCCUCUGUGAUGGCGAGAAUGACUGCAAUGAUGAAGAAGGCGAAGAUGGGCCCAGUGAUGAGGACAACUGUCCCAACGCCUGUGAAGACGAUCUGUUUACCUGCGACAACAAGAACUGCAUACCCCGAAUGUGGCGGUGUGACGGGCAUGACGACUGCGAUGAUGGCUCCGACGAACCUUCAGACUGCGAUGUGAAGGAGUGCAAGGAGGAAGAGUUCAAGUGCAAUGGAACGGGUCGCUGCAUCCCUAGCCAGUGGGUGUGUGACGGGGACAACGACUGCGGUGAGGGUGGGAAUGACGAGAGCCCUGAUGAAGGGUGCCCUGAGCCGCCCCCCAUCCUGUGCUCCAAUGGCCAGUUCUCAUGUCCCAUCUACUCCCGCUAUGACCGCCGCUGCAUCGCAAGGACCUCCUACUGUGAUGGCCACAAGGACUGCUGGGAUGGCAGUGAUGAGCCCUCUGGCUGCGUGCCUCAUGGCUGCCUGGAGUCACAGUUUAAGUGUGGCGGCCCUGUCACAGAGUGCGUCCCCGAUGUGUGGGUGUGCAACGGCCAGCCAGACUGUACCGACGCCUCAGACGAAGCCAACUGCACCAGUUCCAACACCACGACCCUGAACCACAGUGACUGCGCUCAGGGGAUGUUCAAGUGUGACAAUGACAUCUGCCUCAACUACACGUAUCUCUGUAAUGGCCAGAACGACUGUGGGGACUCCUCCGACGAAAGCCUGUGCAACGUCAACGAGUGCCUCCAGACCAGCCCCAAGGUGUGUGCCCACCGCUGCAUCGACAAGGCCAUCGGCUACUCGUGUCAGUGCGAUGCGGGCUUCAUCAUCAACACCAAUGACUCCCGGCUGUGUGAGGACAUUGACGAGUGUGAGGACUCGCCGUGCCCACACUUCUGCCGCAACACUCAGGGCUCUUACAUCUGCGAGUGUGCGGAGGGCUAUGUGGCGGAGGCUAAUGGUCACAACUGCCGGGCGAACUCUACGGUGAAGCCCAAACUCAUUUUCACCAACCGUUACCUGAUCAGGGAGAUGAAGGUUGACGGCACCAACAGUCGGGUCCUCGUGGCCAACCUCAGCAACGCCGUGGGCCUCGACUAUGACAUACAGGAGAACUGCAUCUACUGGUCCGACGUGACGCACACCUCCUCCUCGAUAAAGAAGAUGUGCAACGACUCCAAGCCCAUGGUGCUGCACUCCGCCGUUCAGAGUCCAGACGGCAUUGCUCUGGACUGGGCCGGCCGGAACCUGUACUGGUGCGACAAGGGGAAGGACACGAUCGAGGUCUCCAAGCUGGACGGGCAGUACCAUAAAGUGCUCAUCAACCAAGGCCUCCAGGACCCCCGGGCCAUCGUGUUGGACCCCUACAGCGGUUACUUGUACUGGACCGACUGGGGCAACCAACCACACAUAGGCAAGGCGGGCAUGGAUGGCUCACGGCAGAGGAUCAUCGUCAAUAACUCCCUGGGCUGGCCGAACGCUCUGACAAUAUCCUACGUCACCAAGGAGCUCUUCUGGGCCGACGCUCACCAGGACUACAUCGCCUACUCAGACCUUGACGGCAAGAACAUAAAGAUGAUCAGGACGAGAGACUCCACGCCCAGACUGGUCCAACACGUCUUUGCCAUCACGGUCUUCGAGAAUUACCUCUACUGGACGGACUGGGAGAUCAAGGGCGUGCUGAGGGCUGAAAAGUACACCGGGAAGAACAUUGAAAUCAUCUACCAUACCACCAACAGGCCCAUGGACAUCCACGUCUACCACCCCUACCGGCAGCUCCCGUUGAAGGACAAUCCAUGCGAGAACAACGGCGGGUGCGACACCAUGUGCUUGCUGGCCCCGGGUGGCGGCAAGACCUGCACCUGCCCGGAGAACUUUGUGCUGGAGGACAACGGAGUGUCUUGCCGCAACAACUGCCUCUCGUCCCUCUUUGUCUGCAACUCCACCUACAAGUGCAUCCCGUUCUGGUGGAAAUGUGACACUCAGGAUGACUGCGGGGACAUGUCGGAUGAGCCGGAUGACUGUGGCCAAUACAACUGCACCCCCGGCCAGUUCCAGUGCGACAACGGCACUUGCAUCCACCCCUCCCAGAUCUGCGACAACCACAAGCACUGCCCCGACGGUUCCGACGAGCCCAACUGUGAUGCGUAUGAGUGUAUGCUGACGCAGUUCAAGUGUCCGUCUUUCAAUGGGUCUCACGCCUUCUGCAUAGCCAACAGCCGCAAGUGUGACGGAAAAACGGACUGUCCCGGCGGGCAUGACGAGAUAGACUGCCCGGUGCCUUCCUGUUCUGCCGAGUGGUUCUCCUGCAACGACUCAAAGUGCAUCCCCAAGGUGUGGGUGUGUGACGGGGACCAGGACUGCUCUGACGGCUCAGACGAGAUGCCGGACUGCAGCACCCGAGAGUGUCCAGAGGAGAGCUUCAGAUGUCAGAAUGGCCGCUGCAUCCCCCGCUCCUGGAAGUGCGACAACGAGUUUGACUGUUCCAACCACGAGGACGAGGAGAAUGAGGAGUGCCACGGCUCACACACCUGUAUGCAGAGCCAGUUCCAGUGCAAUAACAACAAGUGCAUUCCCUUCCACUGGAAAUGUGAUGGCGAGGACGACUGCCAUGACCAGUCUGAUGAGCAGGACUGCCCCAAGGUGACCUGCAACAACUCACAGUUCCGGUGUGACGAUGGAAGCUGCAUAGACAAGAAGAAUCACUGCGAUAUGGUUCCCAACUGUCCUGACGGGAGUGACGAGAAGGGCUGUCACCGGCAGUGCCACGACAAAAACAUGUUCCAGUGUGCCUCCUCACCGCUCUGCAUCUACAUGGAUUGGGUGUGUGAUAAAGACCCGGAUUGCACUGAUGAAUCGGACGAGAAGAAUUGCAAUGGUACGUGUGGGCCAGAAAACUUCCAGUGCGGCAGCGGCCAGUGCAUCAUGAACUCGUGGGUGUGCGAUGGCGAGAACGACUGUACCGACAACUCUGACGAGGAGGACGACCUGUGCGCCAACCACUCCUGCUCGGCCGGGAGGUUUAGCUGCAAAGAUCACAAGUGUAUUCUGGACAGCUUUGUCUGUGAUGGAAUACGCCACUGUGCAGAUGGCUCAGAUGAAGACCCAGAAAUCUGCAUGAGUGAGACUUUGUGCAAGCCGGGUGAGUUCCAGUGCAAGAACGGCCACUGCAUCGGCAUCGUGAGCCUGUGUGACGGCUACGACGACUGCACGGACACCAGCGAUGAGCUCAACUGUCCCAAGGGAUGCAGGUUUGGUGAGUGUUCACAAAUCUGUAACAUAAAGAAGGAUGGGAACCACACCUGCUCCUGUGCGCCCGGCUACUCCCUCCACAGCUACUCCCAGAAGCGUCAGAAGUCCUGCUUCGCUGACGGCAACCUUGCCUACAUGAUCGUGGCCAACGACAACCUCCUGCAGAAGAUGUCGCCCUACAAGAAUGGCAACUCUGCCGGCACACUGCCCCUCUCCACGCAGCUCGACAGCUCCAUCAGGAUCCACAGCGUUGACAUGCUGUACGGGGAUGAACCACUGGCCUUUUGGAGCAACCUUCACCACCACCAACUGCACUCCAUGGAGGCGCCCAAACCCAACGAAGAUAGUGGCUCAGAGUCUCAAGACACCACCGAGAAGCACUCCAGCGUGAUACAAAAGGAGCUCAACUCACCGAUGGGUGUGGCUGUGGACUGGGUGGCCAAGGUCAUCUACGUGGUGAACUCCGGCGACAGAACCAUCGUGGCGCUGUCCAUCGAUGGCAGCAAGAAGGUCACCAUCACCACCACCAUGACUGAGCGCAUGUACGACAUAGUGGUGGAUCCUCGCUCUGGACAGCUGUUCUAUGGAGACUGGUGGAUACCGGCCAUUGUUGUGGCCCAGAUGGACGGCAAGCUUGGCAGGCAGCUUGUGACGGACAACAUUCUGGCCCCGGCUGGCCUGGCCAUCGACUACCCAACGCGCCGCCUCUACUGGGCCGACAUGAAGGCCAACAAGAUUGAGACAGUGAAGCUGGACGGCUCAGACAGACAGAUGGUCAAGCACUUUAGCCAUGAGGACGGCAUUCCCCUGAGUCUGGACGUGUUCGAGGACUUCGUCUACUUCACCACGCUGCACACCAACACUGUCAACCGCAUCAACAAGUUUGGCAACCCGAACAAUGGCGUGAUGCCCAUCUCGCAGCACCCCAUGAAGGUCACCGACGUGCUCAUCGUGCAGGAACAGAAGCAGGAACGAGGGAUUCCCAACCCAUGCAGCAACGACACAUGCCACUCGACAGCCCUCUGCGUCCUCUCUGGCCCCGGCAACCACUCAUGUUUGUGCCCUGACGGAACAGUGCAGAAGGCAGUGGAAGACCACAUUGAGUGUCACGCGCAGGUCAUCAGCAACAGCAGCAGAUGUGUCCUUUACUGCCACCAGGGAGAGUGUGUCCUGGACGAGGGGACUCCCAGGUGCCAGUGUGAACCCAUGUAUGACGGGGAUUACUGCGACCACUACAAGUGUUCUGGCUACUGCAAGAAUGAUGGCCUCUGCACACACACCGAGACUGAUGGUGAGGUGGAGUUGGUGUGUCACUGUUCGAACGGCUGGACAGGCAAGCAGUGCGAGACGCCUUUGCCACUCUGUGAAAACUUCUGUGAGAACAAUGGCACCUGUCAUGCCAUCAGCGGCCAGGCCCCAUACUGCAUCUGUAACGUGAAGUUUGAAGGUAUCCGCUGUCAGAAGUGCAAGAAGCUGCAUUGUGAGCAUGGAGGAACAUGUCAUGUGUUGCAGCACAACGGUACAGAUGUGUUUGAGUGCUCCUGCGCCCCCGGCUACCAUGGGACCAACUGCUCCCAGUCCAAAUGUGAUGGCUUCUGUGUUCAUGGCAGCUGUUCACUCACGCCCGGGGGGUCACCGAUCUGCGAGUGCAAGCCUGGCUGGAGCGGCCAAACAUGUCGGUUCUGCCAUAACAGGCCGCUGUGUGAAGGCAACCCAUGUGACGAUGUUGAGUGUCUGAAUGACGGGAGGUGCAGCGUGAUUUCUGGGCCUCCCCGCAAAGCCAAGUGCUCCUGUCAGCCAGGCUACAGCGGAGAGACCUGCGAGAUCUCUCAGUGUGACUUCUGCAAAAAUGGCCAGUGCUCCCUACACGAAGGCAUGCCCAGCUGCGAGUGUGACCCAGGCUGGACCGGACAACACUGCGACGAACAAAAAUGCCACUCAGGGGAUCCGAACUGUGGCUGCCAGCCUGGCUACCAUGGCGCCAACUGUGAGCACAACGUCUGUGAGAACUACUGCCACAAGGGUGAGUGUGAGCUGCAGGAUGGGGAGGCCGUCUGCACGUGUCCCAUUGGCUACAGUGGGGACAGGUGCCAGCACAACAAGUGUGACCACUACUGCCACCGUGGCACAUGCUCGGCAACAAAGGACGGUGUGACGUGCCUCUGCCAGGAAGGUUACACUGGCAAGCGGUGCAACGUGACGGUCCCCUCCAGCCCCUGCAUCCCCAACCCCUGCCAGAACGGGGGCGAGUGUGUGCUGGUGCAUGGGGAGGGGCUGUGUCGCUGCCCCCUAGAGUUCGCCAAUGACAAGUGCCAGGAAAGAGUGUAUGGCAGACCGAACCCGUGCGCCAGCCUGACUUGCCUUCACGGGGGCGUCUGUCAGUGGAAGGGCAUGUCAAGCAGCAUCAGUGCAGUGUGUCGGUGUAUGGAGGGCUGGGCCGGGGAGAACUGUGGAGACCAGACAGCCUGCAGGGACAACUGGUGCUUCAACGGGGGGACCUGUCGACCCAACCCUGACCCAACGCUACAGAACACCUGCGAGUGUCCUGAUGGCUACUUCGGCCUACGCUGCGAAUCACUUGAGGACGAGAGUUUGAAGAUCUCCCAAGACUCAUCAGCCAACACAGCGACCAUCAUCAUUGGAAUAUUUGUCGCUGUGGUGGUGCUGGUGGUGGCGGUGGUGGUGGCGUGGCUGUGGCAGAGGCAGCGGGCGAAGGGCAUCUCUCAUGUACGUUUGGAGGAGAAUGGCGGGACAGUGGAGAUGACCAACCCAAUGUACUUGCAUGCGUCUGGUGACCAGGAGGACGACCCCAACCCUGUCUUCUCCCUGCAUGACUCGCCGAACACCUUCAAAAACCCGGUGUACGACAGUCUCUACAACGAGGCGGCAGCGGCGGCUCCCCUCACACUGGAAGAGAAGACUGGUUUGCUACAAUCAGACCCACUGGGCGCCCUCGACACAAACCGGCAAACUGGGUCCAAGUCCUAACGCCGACCCUCCCUCCCGACCCUCCCUCCCGUCGCCGCGCCUCCCAUCGCCCUCCUCCCCACUCCCCCCACCACCCUCAUCACCACAUCAACAACAGCAACAGCAACAGCAGCCGGGGUAAUAGCAGCAGGCAGCCGACCUAUGUGGAUCUCUAGAACAGUAUAAUCGUGAGGUUCGGAAAUAGUUGUCGGCAUGUGGCAAGUUAGAUGUCCUCCGCAGAUGUGCUCAUGGGGGUGUCUGUGCAUGUGUGUGUGUGUGUUUGUCCUCGUCUUUCACGGAGGUAAAGCGAGCUGAGAUACAAACGUUAAGAUGUCGGUGCUGGGAAAAAUAUCCUUGUGUAAGAAAAAUUUAAAAAAAGAUGAUCAGAAAUGAGAAAGAAAAUGCUCACUGAUUGACUUAAUGAGGAAAGUAGAGGAAAGAAAGAGAAUACAGCAAAUUGUCAUGGAGUUUAUCGACAAAAAGUUUAGUUCAGAAAUGAGAAAGAAAAUACUCACUAAUUGACUUGAUGAGGAAAGGAAAAGAAGAAGGAAAGUAGAGGAAAGAAAGAGAAUACAGCAAAUUGUCAUGGAGUUUAGCGACAAAAAGUUUAGUUCAGAAAUGAGAAAGAAAAUACUCAUUAAUUGACUUGAUGAGGAAAGGAAAAGAAGAAGGAAAGUAGAGGAAAGAAAGAGAAUACAGCAAAUUGUCAUGGAGUUUAUCGAGGCCUUGCAGCACCUCUUGUAGGAGAAAAAGGCCACAAGUGAGGCUGCCUGUCGCUGCUGCUGUGGAGUUGACGUGUGAAGGUGAAGACAAUUGAUGAAGCUAUUGGCUAACGUGAGGUGGGAAGACAUUUUUGUGUGUGUGAGUAAAUCAGUGUUUGUGGCGAGAUGUUGAUGUAGGUCAUGUUUGCCAGUUUUUGUGUUUCAUUCCAGUUAUCUCUCUUAUCAGGGAGACAACUACCCGGGAAAAUCAAGCAGAAGGGAAAAAAUAAGGAUCAAAUUGUUAAAAAUGCAUGAUAAUUUAACGUUUUGACUUAUUUAUGUAUAAUGAAAUCGUUAAAAAAGUUUGAUAAUUCAACUUAAUUUUAUCUUUCUCAUUUACAUAGAGUUAAAUGGUUGAAAACAUUUGAUUCUCUAUUUUCUUAACUUUAUUUUGACUUUCAUUUUCAUAUAUAGAAAGAAACGAUUAAGAAAACAUUUGAUAAUUUAACUUUAUUCAACUAUUUUAAUUUCAUACCUCGCCACAAUUUUCCAGGGUCUGUUUUUUCUAUAUGAAUGCAAACUGGAAUGACGCGUACAAACUGGUGCAAAUGUCCUACCAUCGUCAUCCUCUUGAGUGCCAUUUGAGAGUGGUUGUGUUUCCCCGAGGAGCCGUGACUUGGAGGGAUCAGACUGCCUUGUCGUUGCCGCCUGGCCAUGUGAUAAAGUGACUCCUGCCAGAACUAGACAUGUUUUGAAAAUGACAGAACCCUCGUAGUGACCUUCCCACGUCCUCGUCCCUGUCGCAGCAUCGGGCGAGGCAGGGCGAGGUGUCACAGUGGGGGGUGUUUAUAUGGGUAGUGAUGUAAGGCAAUUUUUAUACUGCAGUGUUUAUUGCUUGUACAUUUAUACCCUACUCCUGAGAAUAUCCAGUCAUCCCUAAUGCUCACCUCUGUAUAGUCUCCAGUCAGAUCUGAGGCCGUGAGUAACAGUCAGACAGGUGCCAGAAAAUGGAGAAAGGGAGAAAAACAUAACUAAGGAUUUGUGACUUUAAAGAAUUGCAUAACUUAAAAAAGAUUUCCCUGUUGCAUCUCAUUUUCUCUUGCAUGUUUGCAGAAAGUAGUGGUGUGGAGAAUGCAUUGCUAUACUGAACACAUGGAACAGAAGGCUCUUAAAAAUUUGCGACUUUGAAAUGCCGUAAUUCCAGUCCUAAUAAAUGUUUUUCAGUUGCAUUCCCAGUUCCCACACUCCAUUGUUUAAAAAAAAUACUGAACACAUGGAAGAUAAUGCCCUUAAGGAUUUGUAACUUUGAAAAUGCCUUGACUCCCUUCCUAAUAAAGUUAAGCUUGUUUCCUGAAAAUAGCAUCUUGUUGUCACACAUAAUUUUUUCAAGUAGAGGAAACGGGUCAAAGGCAAAAAUAGAUAUAACAAAAAAGUCCACCAACAGAAAAGCCCACUGUACUGAACACGUUUCUGGCUGGGCUGGCGCUUGGCUGACCCUGUUACUUGUGUCCUCAUCUACAACGGGACAGAUUUCUAGUUCCGUGUAUACCCGAGUCAUAUGCUUGAAUCUGUAAUACCUUCGUUAACAUUAUGCAGAAAGCGAGUUAUUAUUUGUUUAUAUAAAAGCAUUAAGAGUUUACCUACCGGGCAUCUCUAGACUGCUCUCUGACGUGUGUGAAGCAUAUCAGAAACACGAUGUGAAUGGAAAUGAAUCAGAACUUUGUAAAAAUAGUGUGCUUUUGUGUGUGUGUGUGUUGACAAGUGCUUAGCGUGGAUGUGAACCUUAAGUAGCCUUUGUCCCAAGCCUGGCAGCCCAUAUAUCGAUACCUGAAAUACGGAAAUCUACUCAUCUAUGCACUGUGGGUUACAUAUUAGCCACUCGGGAAUACUCACGGGCCUUCCUCAUGCUGUUAAUCGCCUUUUUAUUCCCUUUUUUCAUUUAGUCAGUCAAGUUACUAAGGAACAAAUCCUCAGCUCCAAAUAGUAGCAAUAAGAGACAAUCACUCACAGUACAAGCUCUCCUUUCCUAGGCUGUUCCCUUGAGAUCAGUUCCAGCAAUGUCAGUCAGCCAGAGAUCCAGACCACUUUUACAGGCUAAUGGCUACACCCAACAUAUUUUUUUCUCCGUUAGUAAUAGCAUGGCACAAAUAGGCCAAGAAAAAAAUACUGGUGGUGAAUUAUGUGGAAUUUAAUGAAGAAAAAAAACAGUUCAUCAUCAGACAAAUAGACAUUAGAAUUUUCUGAAGAUGAUUCUUUUAAAAAUUUACAGUUUUUACUUCAUGUGUCUUGAAGAUGUUAUGAAGUCACGGUAAUGGAAACAUGAGGUAAUGAGUGAAGAGAUACAUGAGUUCUCCUAAGACCCAAAAAUACCGUUAAGCGUGACAUGAAUUUAAGUUGUCAGUGGCUCAUCGCGUGCCAGUCAGUUUGAGUGUUUGGUUGCGGAUAACGAGGAUAUUCUUACGCCCCUUUUGGGAAUAGCUUGCACUGGUGCCAUACUGUACAUACCUCUAUGCAUAUUAUAGAUCAGGAUGCUGUGUGUAUGUAUGUAUGUGUGUGUGUGUGUGUGUGUGUGUUUGCGAUUCUGCUUGUAUCUAUUUAUUUAUUAAGAAUCUUUCAUUAUUUCUUUUAAUGUAAGGCAACGUAAGGUAGUAAUGAGACUCAAAACCAAGUCAAUUUUGUGUCCCUGUAAAUAUAUCUCUUAUAGUCCAUGUUUAUUGCACUAUACAGGCAACGAUCAUCACCAUAGGAGCGAUUACUCAUACAAGCAUGGACUCUCCCAACCAAAACUCUUGAGGUGAUCUCCUGCGAUUGGUUGCACGAUCUGUCUGGUUGGCGAUGCGAUUACGUGACCACGAGGCCGCGCAAGGGAGAGCUUUCCUACGCACUCUACACUCCGUCUCUAUGUGCCGUUGACACCAUCCAUGCAUCUGUCCUGUGUUUUGCUCGCUUCAAAGUAUUCAUGUUUGUUCUAUGUCUUGUAGAACUGGACAUCAUCUGCAGAACCAAAGGGCGUCACUGUCCAUAUCCUAUAAGACCUACAACCCGCAGCUUCCAAGUAUUUGUGGCAGAAGCUCUUCUGAAACACCUCAAAAAUUGGUGGGAAGUCUGCAACUUUACAGGAUGGAAAAGUAGUUUCUAACACUAUUUAAUUCCUGAUAUUCACUUUUUAAGAAGAGGCAACAUUUACUGAAUCAAAGUUAAAUUUCCAGUGUUUCUGCAAAGACUUUUUAUUUCAUUUAUGUUUGGGUAUUCCAUGUGUGUGGGAAGAGCCCUCAAAUUUCAAUAUAUUUCUUAGUCGGUGUUAUAAGACACUUUUGGUUCUCACAUCAGCUGUUUGUUUCUAAAGGUCAAAGAGGGGGUCAGUCGGGUUCUAAUGAGUGUUUCUUUAGGUUCACGGUACAGAAGAAGGCUCAAACUACCACCAGGACCAUAAUACUACUCCUGGAAAUGCCCAAAAAUCCUAUGAAAGCCGUGUCAAAUAUGUGUUCUUGGGUGAUGAAAUAUCUUAUAAUACAACCCUUAUUAACAAGUUCAUCAUAUUUUUUAAACAGCUUGGUCAUGCUUUCAUCUUAUAGAGCUUCGGGGGAGUAGCAGAUACUCUUAGGCGACGGCCAAGCCCAGACUUAGUUCUCUGUUCUUUUAUUAGUGUUUUCUGGCGCUACAGUGUUUUUAGUUAUGACCGUAAUGUUCCUAUACAAGCUGUGUGUGUGUGUGUGUGUGUGUGUGUGUGUGUGUGUGUGUGUGGGCGGGCGUACAUGUGUGUGCGUUUACUACAUACCGUUCCAGUUAGUACUCAUGAAAAAAAAAAGGAAGACUCAUAAGUAUCUCAUCCAUAGCUCACUCUCUAUAUUGGUCACUUUUCUUCACAAUGUGAGUACUAGAUGGAACGAUGAAAGUGCGUACAAAUUGGCAAACUUUCCCCCUAUUGAUCAGAAGCCUUGUCACUCCAUACAUACAAGAGCCUCGACGAAGAAAAGAAGUACAACAAGUCAAGCGUCGGCAGUGAUAACCAGCAUAGUGUCUUAACCCCCCCCCCUCACCCCACCCCUCACCCCACCCUCCGUGCCUACUUGCGUGUGUGGCCUCCCCUCCCCUUCCGUCGCUGAUUAACAAGUACUAGGGCUGUCAGAUGGAAGUACAGUCAUCCCUCAAAUAGCACGGUUUCCAAUAGUUCAGUUUCGGUUUUAUGUGGAUUUUCAUGGAAGAUUUUUUUAGGAUUUUUGAAUUUCCCGACAAGCAGGAAAUUUAAAAAUCCUUAAAAGAUCUUCUAAGGCAAUCCGUAUAAAACCAAAACCGAACUAUUGGAAACCGUACUAUUUGAGGGAUGACUAUAUAGUAAAAGAGUGUGUGUGUGUGUGUGUGUGUGUGUGUGUGUGUGUGUGUGUGUGUGUGUGUGUGUGUGUGUGUGUGUGUGUGUGUGUGUGUGUGUGUGUACAUUAGGCUGGGGUUCCUUACGGCCAUUCCAUGCUAGUCUAACCAUCGACAGAACAGAAAUGCUCCUUUAUUUUCUACCCCCCCCCUCUUUUAUAUUCCCUCCAUCAAUUUAUUUCUUUAUUACUCUCCAUAACUCACUGAAUUUAAGUAACCUAUUGAUUGGGAGAGCAUAACUGUACUCCUAUUUUACUUAACACAGUUCACAAACUUCACAUACAGUACUGAAAAAAAUAUUCCUGUUACUAAUACCAAAAUUAUGGCAUUGGUGUCCUGUCUGGCUUGAGGAGUUCUGGUGGAAUGGCCGUGUAGUCAAGUGGUGGAGGGUGACGUGUAGGUUAAAGGAAGGGUGUUCACUGAGGAGGAGGAGCUGCCUCGUAACAGUAGAAGUAGGAUGCAGCUCGAGGAAGUGACGUGGUGUUGUUGCAUUUAGUGGAUGUAAUGAUUCUGUAGGCAGGUCGGCGUGAAAUUUGCUUUGUUCCUUUGUAAACAGAAGUAAAUGGAAGCCUGUAAUGUAAGCUAAAGGAGGAGAGGAGGAGAGAAAGAGAGAGUAAGGGAGGUUGGGCAUUAUAAACCAUGGCAUGAUGUUCUGUUCCUUUGUUAAUUUAGAAGAGAGACAGACAGAGAGAGAGAGAGAGAGAGAGAGAGAGAGUAAAUGUUGUGAGCCAUAGCAGGUAAUGUAGAGUGAUUAAGGAUGCUGGCGUACCUGUUUGAUAUGUUUGUUGGUGUGUGGGAACGAAUGAUAGUGUGUAAUUCACCACGGCCUGAUCACAAGUCGGACUCGCUUUCGCCAGCAGGUACCCUCCCGACGUGUGCGUAAGCCAUGGGGGGUGAAGGUAGGAUGGGUAAUAAGCUUGGUUUACUUGUGUGUGUGUGUGUGUGUGUGUUUUUGAGUGUGUAUUAAGUGUAUGAAUCAAGAAAGGCAAGAUAGGAUAGGUAACAAGAUUGGCGUACCUUUGUAAAGAGUUUGUGAAUAUGCUGAGUACGAGUGUGUGCAUAUGUGUGUGUGUGUGAGCCAUGUAAGGUAAUGUACCACUGUAACUCUGACCCCGAUCCAGCACCUCUGUCAAAACAAAGCUCACCCUCGGCCAAAUGCUCCAUCACUCCGGGCUUGGCUGUUGUGGCGAGUGGUGUUCUGACAGAGACGCUGAACAAGGCACCUACAGCAUGGCCGGCAAGAUCCACCCACCUGUGUCUGUGUGUUUACUGCGUUAGGAAGACAAAGUGUAGUGCAACGCAGACCUGUGAAGCCCCCGAGGGACCCCAACACACCGCUUCAUCCAUGACACGUGUGGAGAACCUUGUGGCAGCCAGGCGGACAGACUGACUGACUCUAGCCCUCAUAUGUGACUCUCCUUCUAUCAGUCCAGCGAAGAGUGACUGGACUAUAGGAGGUUUGAGAAGUUUCUGGACUGGACUGGAGAAGGCACAAAGAGUUAAUUAGACUGGAGGAGGUGCAAAGAGUGACUGGACUGACUGGAGGAGGUAUGAAGAGUUAACUAGACUGGAGAAGGUGCAAGAAGGGACUGGACUGGACUCUAGGAGGUGCGAGAAAGGACUAGACUGGAGGAGGUGUAAGAAUAUACUGUUAACUGGUAUGGCAAAAGAAGGGAAUGAUCAGGACCUAUUUCAAAACCCUCCCUCAGCCUCAAAUGGAUACCAGAAUGUGCAUAUUUUCCACUAAACAAAAGUAUACAGAGAGAGAGCUGUUAGCCCUUAUAAAAAAUAGUUUGAAGUUGAUAGGAACCCCCCUCCCCCUCAUCCACCUUCAGAGCCCCUGCCCCUUCCUUCCCUCCCUAACCUCCAUCCACAUCCGUGGCUAUGCAAUGUACCAGCACUGUAGGAUCUGUGUGGUCUGAAUAUCUAUGUAAAAAUAUGUAAACCUCCUUCUCCUGUAGUGUCUGGGGCUGCCACAGGGGAGCCACAAGAAGGUGUGUUGGGGUCCUGAGGUGCAAGUGAUGUCUGCCUAUUUUUGUACAUAAUGAAAAUAACAGUGAUCACUUUAU